AUCUAAGUAGGCGGUGACGUCGGAGGGCUUCAGUCAGAGGAACGGCGUUAGACCGGUGUUCAUUUCAACAGCUGCUUCCCCUCCCACCAGCCCACCCCACAUCAUUCGGUACAAUUGUGAACGGAGAGCCGUCGUUUUCUGCUCCACUUCAGGGCCGUUUUCCGUUCGACGGGUCGCAGAGGGGCCUCGUGCAUCCGUUUGCCGUUAUUCCGAGACGAAGAAACCGCGGGAGCAGUCACAUUCCCAUAAUUUUUUCCGCUACUGCGCUGGAGCGAUGUCUCAGAUUGAUUGCAGACCCGAGCGGUGGAAUGCGAUGAAAUAGACCUUUGAAGUUCGUUAUUUCAAAAUUCUGUUUUCCCGCUUCUGCUUGUUUAUUUGUGGGAAUCGCGUAUGCAGUAGCAUAAGAAACAGUUAAAGUAGCCUACUCGUUGACAGCACGACGGGCAUUUAAGGAUCCAGCACAGUCAGGGCAAGAGGGAUGAAGCCCGAAAUGUAGCUCGCUAGACAACAACAACCCCUGACGGAGUUUUUUUGUGCACUUACACAACGAUGGAAAACGAGGGGACGAUUUUAAGUUCUUGUGAGUGACACGGGUGGAAGUGGACAGGAGGUUUGUCGUGGGUUUUUGGUGGUGCUGGAGGUAAUGAUGGCGUGCGGUACGGGACUACAGACGGCGCGCAUCUUUCCACUCUCCCACAGAGUGAGAUCACAGAUGCAUCAGUCUUAGGAAGCAGUCGUCCUUCAGAAGGGAACUGCCCCAAAGCAUGAGCGGCUGUCACUGGCGAGGGUCAGAGAAACGCAUUUCUGCAACUCUUAUCAACAGUUUGUCAACCCCUCAUAGGUCCACCUAGGGCCCUGAACACACCCAUCUGCCAGCUCAAAUAACCCUCAGGCUGUUUGCAACACAUGUUUGAUGUGAGUGGUUGUGACCGCCACGCUUUGCUAAGCAGCCCCGCUCUACAUCAUGCAGUGGCGUCGGCGACACUGCUGCCCCAUCAAGAUGACCUGGAAUGUCAAGCGGUCACUCUUCCGCACACAUGUAGCAGGCCUUCUCUCACUGGCCUCACUCUUCGCCCUUUUCCUCAUCUACUGCCAUCAGGAUCUGCUGCAGGGCCGGAGCUGGUUGCGAGACAACCCCCUGGUUUACACCAUGCGGGGUUUGCGCCCCCACAAGGAGCGCACAAAGGGAAACCAAAGCUCGUUGCGAAGCCUCUGGAAAGACAAUACUUACGUGCUGCCCAAACCGUCCGUUAACUUCAAUUUUAGUUCUCACCAGGUUGAGAUCACUGCCCGGGGGAUAGUAGGUUUGGAGAUGUCGGCGAACACCAACAACACUAACAUCAAUAGCAACACCAAGAGCUUGCACAGGGAGAUGGGAGUGGGCGGACGUCUGGCAGCCCAGCCUUAUCACUGGCUGCUUAAUGAGCCUUACAAGUGCAAUGAUAGCGGCCCAUUUUUGGUUUUGCUAAUUGCGGCAGAACCGAGGCAACUGGAGGCCAGGAACGCCAUCAGGCGGACCUGGGGGAAUGAGAGCGUGGCCAUGGGUUAUGGGUUUGUACGCCUCUUCCUGCUGGGCAUGGGAAAGAGACCUGAUGUGUAUCCUCAGAGCUCCAUCGAGGAGGAGAGUUUGCUGUACCAUGACAUCAUCCAGCAGGACUUCAUGGACACCUAUUACAACCUUACUAUCAAGACACUCAUGGGCAUGAGCUGGGUGGCUCAGUAUUGCCCGCACACCCGUUACGUCAUGAAAACGGACAGUGACAUGUUCGUCAAUACAGAAUAUCUCAUUCAAAAGCUGCUAAAGCCAAACACGGCACCUCGACAAAAUUAUUUUACAGGCUACCUAAUGAGAGGCUACGCACCCAACCGCAACAAAGACAGUAAAUGGUACAUGCCACCAGAGCUGUAUUCCAGCGAGAGGUACCCUAUCUUUUGCUCGGGAACUGGCUAUGUGUUCUCGGGGGACAUGGCGGCAAAAAUCUACAAUGCCUCAUUGAGUAUACGUCGUCUUCACCUCGAGGAUGUUUAUGUUGGGAUCUGCCUGGCGAAACUGCGGAUCGACCCGGUGCCGCCACCAAAUGAGUUUCUGUUCAACCAUUGGAGAGUGUCUUACUCCAGUUGCAAAUACAGUCACCUGAUCACCUCCCACCAGUUCCAGCCCAACGAACUCAUGAAAUACUGGAAUCACUUGCAAAGCAACAAGCACAAUCCUUGCCUUAAUAUGGCGAAGGAUAGGAGCGGGCGACCGCGGCAUAGGAAGUUGCAAUGGGAAGGUCUUCGGUGAUGGACCACAGCUCAGGGGUGCAGUAGCGUUACCACAGCAUGUGCAUAAUUCAGCAGUGUACAAGAACAGCACAGUGAUUUUUUGGUAUUGUCAAAUAAAGUUAUUUUAUUUAUUUAUUUUUUCUUUUAAAGAGAUGUUAUGUAUUGUAAACCUGUUGCAAACUUUUUUAAAGGAGUUGAGAGAUAUUAACUUUGUGCAAUAUAUAGCAUGCACAACAGAAAUAAUACAAUGGUGAUAUCACCAUUUUCAGGUGCCAAUUACCCGAGACAAAUUAAGGGGUUGUCAAACUUCCUCUUCAAGCAAAGGCUUGAGCGAAUUUAUCAAGGGCCAAUUUUAUUGAGAUCCUCACUGUUUCUGUAUAAAAACAGGGAAUAUCAUAUGGUGGUGUAUCUGUACCGUGACACUUUCAUUGAUUCUCAAAGAUGUCCACCUUUGACAUUAAGAGAUGUUCAUUUUUCUAUCUACCUAAAACCUACAAAUGGUUUACAGUAAACGAACCAAAAUAAAACAGUAUGUGUAAUUCAAAAGAAUAUAUAUAUAUAUAUAUAUAUAUAUAUAUGAAGUUUAAUUGCAUCAUAGAUGUCAGGUAUGGUUAAAAUAAUAUUUUUCAAAGCUUUACAUUGACGAAAUACUGUAUACAAACCUGCCCUUGAUGAAGGUGCAGGCAAAACUAUUUAUUAAAUGUAUUUCUUAUGCA